GCUCGCCAAAGAUGGCGGCGCCCAGAGCGGUCGCGUGAAAGUUGGUGGUGGAAGAGGCUGUCCAUUUGUGCGGGCAUCAAAAGAGCGGGGACCGUGCGCCAUGUCGCGACUCAUCGUGAAGAACCUCCCGAAUGGGAUGAAGGAGGAGCGUUUCAGGCAGCUGUUCUCCGCCUUCGGCACGCUGACGGACUGCAGCCUGAAGUUCACCAAGGAUGGCAAGUUCCGCAAGUUUGGCUUCAUCGGCUUCAAGUCCGAGGAAGAGGCCGAGACGGCACUGAACCAUUUCAACAAGAGUUUUAUCGACACAUCACGGAUCACAGUGGAGUUGUGCAAGUCAUUUGGGGACCCAGCAAAGCCCCGAGCCUGGAGCAGACAUGCCCAGAGACCAGGCCAGUCCAAGCAGCCUUCAAAAGACAAAGGCUCCGUCCCCCCAGAAGCUAAGAAAGAUCACAAGAAGAAGAAGGUAGCAGGUGAACUGGAGAAGCUGAGGGAAGACACCGAGUUCCAGGAGUUCCUGUCGGUUCACCAGAAGCGCACGCAGACAGCCACUUGGGCCAACGAUGCCAUCGACACGGAGCCCUUGAAAGGGAAAAGCAAGCCAGCCAGUGACUACCUGAACUUCGACUCCGAUGAGGGGCAGGAGAGUGAGGAGGAGGGAGCCGGGGAGGACCCGGAAGACAAGGAUGACGGCCUUGAACCGAAGGCAGCUGUGCAGAAGGAGCUGUCGGACAUGGAUUACCUCAAGUCCAAGAUGGUGGAGGCCGAGUCGUCGUCGUCCUCGGAGGAGGAGGAGAGUGAAGGUGAAGCCGUGAGCUGUGACGAAGGCAGCAAGGCCAAGCAAGAGGAUUCCUGCGCCGCCCGCACCCAGCAGGACGGAGAGAGAACGGGGGCCGGCCAAGAGCGAGGGACCCCACCUGGGAACAGGAAACCACAGGAGGCCAGAGCUGAGACAGAGAAACCAGCAAACCAGAAGGAACCCACCACCCCCCACACUGUGAAGCUGCGCGGAGCCCCGUUCAGCGUCACAGAGAAAAACGUUGUGGAAUUCCUGGCCCCCCUGAAGCCAGUGGCCAUUCGAAUAGUGAGAAAUGCUCACGGGAACAAGACAGGGUACGUCUUUGUGGAUUUCAGCAGCGAGGCGGAAGUGAAGAAAGCCCUGAAAUGCAACAGAGAAUACAUGGGUGGACGCUACAUCGAGGUGUUCAGGGAAAAGAACGUCCCCACGGCCAAGGAGCCCCUGAAGAAUAGCGCCAAGCCCUGGCAAGGCCGCACACUCGGGGAGAACGAAGAGGAGGAGGGCCUGGCUGACUCCGGGAGGCUCUUCGUGCGAAACCUGCCCUACACCAGCUCCGAGGAGGACCUGGAGAAGCUCUUCUCCAGAUACGGUCCCCUGUCUGAGCUCCAUUACCCCAUCGAUGGCCUGACCAAGAAACCCAAGGGCUUCGCCUUCGUCACCUUCAUGUUCCCUGAGCACGCCGUGAAGGCCUACGCGGAGGUGGAUGGGCAGGUGUUCCAGGGCAGGAUGCUCCACCUGUUACCAUCUACCAUCAAGAAGGAAGCCAGCGAGGAGGCCAACGCCCCGGGAUCGUCGUCUUACAAGAAGAAGAAGGAGUCUAAAGACAAAGCCAGCAGCUCCAGCUCUCACAACUGGAACACACUGUUCAUGGGCCCCAACGCAGUGGCCGACGCCAUCGCACAGAAGUACAGCGCCACCAAGAGCCAAGUGUUUGACCACGAGACCAAGGGCAGCGUGGCCGUGCGCGUGGCCCUGGGGGAGACCCAGCUCGUCCAAGAAGUGCGACGCUUCCUCAUCGACAACGGAGUCAGUCUGGAUUCCUUCAGCCAGGCCGCAGCGGAGCGAAGCAAGACCGUGAUCCUGGUGAAGAACCUCCCGGCGGGCACCCUGGCGGCCGAGCUGCAGGAGACCUUCGGCCGAUUCGGCAGCCUGGGCCGCGUGCUGCUGCCCGAGGGCGGCAUCACCGCCAUCGUGGAGUUCCUGGAACCGCUGGAGGCCCGCCAGGCCUUCAGACAUCUGGCCUAUUCCAAGUUUCACCACGUCCCCCUGUAUCUGGAGUGGGCUCCAGUGGGCGUCUUCUCCAGCUCAGCCCCGCAGAAGAAAGAACCCCAAGACGCACCAGCGGAUCCCGCGGAAAAGGACAGGAUGGAGCCAGAGACGGUGCCAGACAGCAAGACCCCAGAAGGUGUGAAGCCAACAGAGGGAGGAGCUGAUGACUCUUCAGCCAAGGUGGGAGAAGAGGAGGAGGAAGAGGAGGAGGAGGAAGAGAGCCUUCCUGGGUGUACUCUGUUUAUUAAAAAUCUCAACUUCGACACCACUGAGGAGACGCUGAAGGCAGUGUUUUCCAAAGUGGGAAUGGUGAAGAGCUGCUCUAUUUCCAAGAAGAAGAACAAAGCAGGCGCACUGCUCUCCAUGGGCUUUGGGUUCGUGGAAUACAGGAAGCCAGAACAGGCCCAGAAAGCGCUCAGGCAGCUCCAGGGUCGUGUUGUGGACGGCCACAAGCUGGAAGUGAGGAUCUCGGAACGAGCCACCAAGCCAGCCCUGACCUCCGCCCGGAAGAAACAAGUUCCCAGGAAGCAGACAACCUCCAAGAUUCUGGUGCGGAACAUCCCCUUCCAGGCUGACAGCCGGGAGAUCCGAGAGCUCUUCAGCACCUUCGGGGAGCUGAAGACCGUCCGCCUGCCAAAGAAGAUGACCGGGACAGGCUCGCACAGAGGGUUCGGCUUUGUCGACUUCCUCACUAAGCAGGACGCGAAGAGAGCCUUCAACGCCCUGUGUCACAGCACCCACUUGUACGGCCGGAGGCUGGUCCUGGAGUGGGCCGACUCGGAGGUGAGCCUGCAGGCCCUGCGGCGGAAGACGGCAGAGCACUUCCACGAGCCCCCGAAGAAAAAGCGGUCUGCGGUGUUGGACGAGAUCCUGGAGCAGCUGGAGGACGGCGAGGACGGCGGCGAGGAGCAGGCCCUUCAGCUGUGAGCUGGCGCCCAGCGGGCUGCUGAGCUGGAGUUCACACCUGCAUCUGACUGAGGACUGCUCACAGCUGGGG